AUGACGAACGAGUGGUCGUCCGACCUGUCCACGCUGCCAGGACUCUCUGCCGAGUACAUUGAUGGGUACUACGCCUUGAAAACUGGCUCGGACCGUCACCGCCGGCGUAGCUACAAGUUUUCGACAGAGUCGUAUGUGAGUCUUCCAACGUUGAAGACGAAGCGGGUUGCAAGCGCAUUUGGUCCUGUUGUUGCUGUGCGGUGUGCCUGCUUUCGCAGUCGCAAGAAGACUGCGGACCCUUACAUUGUCAACUUAACACUCACAAUCGACAGUCGCCUUUCUCAAGCCAGCUGCACUUGCACAGCAGGAGCUUCUGGUCACUGCAAUCACUUAAUGGCAGUUCUCAGGCAGAUUCUGUUGUUACAAAGCCUGGGGUACAAGGAGCCACCAGAAGAACUAGCCCCAACAGAGUUACCACAGCAGUGGCGACGGCCAAGGAAGGCCAUGGCGCCUGAAAACAUUAUGGAUGUAAACUGGCGCCGAGUUGGCGAAGGACGACCACUGACACCCAGGCAGUGCACAAUCAGACAGUUUGUACACAACCACAUUGCACAUGAGAAGCAAGUAGAAGCAUCAGUAUCCAUGGCCAAAGCCCUGGAACAGACCCAUGGGUGCUGGUCGGCUAUCCUGGCUGAAGCCCCUUCUUGCCAUGUUAUCGAGACACAGAGUGGACCAUCAUUUGUGGGUUCGGCCAAGGCUGUGCAAAUGCCUUCCUUGCCAUCUGGAUUUGAAUGCUUGGUGCCAUGGAAAGCUACCAGGCCUGUAGAAGUGUCAUCCUGUGCUCCACCUUACAAGUUCUUUCCUGAUGAGUCAAGCUGGUGUCCAGUUCAAGAAUUGGAUCAUAACGAAAUCUUAGAGGGACUGAAAGUCUCGACUGAAGAUGCCAGCAUGCUGGAACUGAACACCCGGCAGCAGGCACGGAGCCAAACGUGGCGGUCUGCACGCACAAGUAGACUGACAGCGUCAAGGUUCGGGGCUGUUUUAGCCAGGAAGCAGCAAUGGACAGAGCGUGGCAUUCUGAACAUCAUGCGACCGAAAAGCUUUUCAAAUGCCAUAGUAAGGCAUGGAACCGUUAACGAACCACGUGCUGUACAACGAUAUGUUCAAGUGAUGGAACACCUCGGCCACAACGUGAUUGUCCAUACAUGUGGUCUCAUGGUGCGGCCUGGUUGCCCAUGGCUAGGUGCCACACCUGACCGUGUCGUUUACGAUGCCCAGGAGGACCCACCGUUUGGACUUGUAGAGGUUAAAUGCCCCUGGAACAAAAAGUCAUGCUCAAUGGAUGAAGCACUGGCGUCGCCUGACUUCUACAUUGAACUCUUGGACGAUGUGCCACAGCUAAAGGCAUCCAGCGGAUACUACUGUCAGGUAAUGGGUCAGAUGUAUUGUUCAGGCCUGCAGUGGACACACUUCGUGGUUUACACUGACAACUGGAUUAUUGUCUGUAAGGUUCAAUAUGUGGAAUCUGUGUGGAUGACCAUGAAAGCUAGGCUUGAUGACUUCUACUUCAGUAAUGCCUUGCCAGUGUUAUCACAACUGGUGCAAGAAUGA